AUGGAGGAAGAUUUGGAACGCGCAGAAUGCUAUAGCCCUGAUCCUGCGUUUGAAGCUGCCGUAGCUAUCGUACAAAAUAUGCCAAAGAGAGUUGCGCAGCUGGCUCAGAUUCUUCUGGAAGGCAGUCUUGUACGAGUAUUCGCUUUUUGUAACGUUUGCAGUGCCUUCUGCAAUUUUUUCAUUUUGGCCUUUCAGAAACAAAUUCUUUUUGCUGAAGAACACUGACCAAUUCGUAUCUCCAUCAAUCAGAAGUUGCGCCUUUACUCGCUGUUUAAACAAGGAACAGUCGGAAAGUGCAACAUUCCAUGCCCACCAUUUUGGUCGGCCGUUGAACGUCUGAAAUGGUAUGCAUGGAAUUCUCUUGGCUCAAUGGAACGACAUCUGGCUCGAGAAAUCUACACUCAGGAGCUGAAAAAAAUUAUCAACAAUAUCCAGAAUGAAUAUGACAUAAUCCAUCUGGCCAACAGAAGUGACGAAUGCUUAAAAAAACUCCUCGCGACAAAGCUUACUAUUCUUGGAUAUGAUAUACAAGGCUUGAGAAAUGAUCCGAACUUGAAUGGAUUGGUAAAAAACUGCGAUAUUGGAAGGGCUAUGAUAAUUGGCCAACUCACCGGCUGCCGGGGCGAAGAUGCGGUUUUUGCAUAA